AGCGGGCGCAGCACCGCGAGGGCGGCGCCUGGCUGGCUGCCUUGGGCCGGGGCCCUUCUUUCUCCUCCGGCGUCCUUUGUCCGCCAGCCCCGAGCCGCGGCCCCGCGCCACCCUGGCGUCGUCCUCGUCCCCGUCGCCGCCCCCCGCGCGCGGCGGCCGGGCCUUGGCCAACCCCAUGGUGUCCCGGGCCGAGCCCGAGGGCGAGAGCAUGGACGCCGAGCUGGUGGUGGUGACGCCCCCGGGCUGCUCGCACCUGAGCGGCUUCAAGGUGGACAACUGGAAGCAGAACCUGCGCGCCAUCUACCAGUGCUUCGUGUGGAGCGGGACGGCGGAGGCCCGCAAGCGCAAGGCCAAGUCAUGUGUCUGCCAUGUUUGUGGUGGUGUCCACCUCAACAGGCUUCACUCUUGCCUUCACUGUGUCUUCUUUGGCUGCUUCACAAAGAAGCACAUUCAUGAACACGCGAAGUCAAAGCGGCACAACCUAGCCAUAGAGCUUAUGUAUGGAGGAAUCUACUGCUUUUUGUGUCAGGACUACAUAUAUGAUAAAGACAUAGAAAUAAUUGCCAAAGAGGAACAACGGAAAGCUUGGAAAUUGCAAGGUGUUGGAGAAAAGUUUUCAACUUGGGAACCAACCAAAAGGGAACUUGAGCUGCUGAAGCACAACCCAAAAAGGCGAAAGAUCACUUCUAACUGCACCAUUGGUCUGCGUGGGCUGAUCAACCUGGGAAACACGUGCUUUAUGAAUUGCAUUGUGCAGGCUCUCACCCACACACCCUUGCUGCGGGACUUCUUCCUGUCCGACAGGCACAGGUGUGAAAUGCAGAGCCCCAGCUCUUGCCUGGUCUGUGAGAUGUCCUCGUUGUUCCAGGAGUUUUACUCGGGCCACCGUUCUCCCCACAUUCCCUACAAGCUGCUGCACUUGGUGUGGACACAUGCCCGACACCUGGCGGGGUAUGAGCAGCAGGAUGCCCAUGAGUUCCUCAUUGCCGCCCUGGAUGUGCUGCACCGCCAUUGCAAAGGUGAUGAUAACGGCAAGAAAGCCAACAACCCCAACCACUGCAACUGCAUUAUAGACCAGAUCUUCACCGGUGGGCUGCAGUCUGAUGUCACAUGCCAAGUCUGCCAUGGCGUCUCUACCACAAUAGACCCUUUCUGGGACAUUAGUCUAGAUCUGCCUGGCUCUUCCACCCCAUUCUGGCCCCUGAGCCCCGGGAGUGAAGGCAGCGUGGUGAAUGGGGAAAGCCACCUAGCAGGAACCACCACACUCACCGACUGCUUGAGAAGAUUUACCAGACCAGAGCACUUAGGAAGUAGUGCUAAGAUCAAAUGUAGUGGCUGCCAUAGCUAUCAGGAGUCCACCAAACAGCUCACCAUGAAGAAGCUGCCCAUCGUAGCCUGUUUCCAUCUCAAACGUUUUGAACACUCGGCCAAACUGAGGCGGAAGAUCACCACAUACGUUUCCUUUCCCCUGGAGCUGGACAUGACCCCAUUUAUGGCGUCCAGCAAGGAGAGCAGGAUGAAUGGGCAAUAUCAGCAGCCUAUGGAUAGUCUCAAUAAUGAUAACAAGUACUCCUUGUUUGCAGUUGUCAACCACCAGGGAACCCUGGAGAGCGGCCACUACACCAGCUUUAUCCGGCAGCACAAGGACCAGUGGUUCAAGUGUGAUGAUGCGAUCAUCACCAAGGCCAGCAUUGAAGAUGUGCUGGACAGUGAGGGAUACUUAUUGUUCUAUCACAAACAGUUCCUGGAAUAUGAAUAGCCUUAUCUGCAGCUCUUACCCCACAAAUGAAGGUGAUGAGUUGGCAAACAAAUGUUGGCAUCAAAGUGAUCCCUCUCCUCUCCGGCAUCCCGAGUUCACCACCCCCACACAAGUGCCCCGAAAGCAUCAAGGCUCUCUGCAGCCCCUGAGAAGUUGACGUACUUGGUUUCCAGGAUCAUGAUGGACAAGCAUAGUGCCAGGGAGGACUCCAGAGCUGCAGAGAAGAGCACAUUGAAUGGAGACUGCAAGGGGAUGAAGGAGCCUCUCCUGUGCUCCUCUAGAAAAUUAGCGGGGGUGUCUUGCAUUAGCAGUCUGGCUAAUGACCUGGUGCUUCAGGUCAGCUGCACAACAGUGUAGCUUCCAAAGGAGCCAGCUCAUUUCAGCAUUAAGGGUACAUUAAACCAGGGACUCAGGUGGCAGAGUCAGUGUCCAAGGAUAGCGAUACUGCAAUUCUUUUUUUGUGAGUUAAAUUUUCAGCAUAUAUAAUCUGGAACUCUUAGCUUAGUUCUAUCAACGGAUACAGAGAGCACACCAGAGCCUGUGGCUCUGCUGACACUGGGGUCUCCAAGCAUUUGUCCUGCAGAUUCCUUAGCCUCACUCACUGCAUGUGAAAGCAUUACUCUCGUGUGCUCUCCCUGUUUUAGAACUUGGUAUUUUCCUAGCUUUCCUCUCCUCUCCCACAGUGGUGAAUUUUAUAAAUGUAAUGCCAGUAAUGUGAAAGAAUUAUCGUGUUUAUAUGGAAAUUUAGAUGGUUCUUCCAGAAUUCGGGGGGAUGAAUCUUGCUUUCUAAUUGGUGCUGGGUGCUUGCCUCCCACUUCCCUUCCUGUUAGUGUCUGAUUCAGCUGGUGGCUGCAGCUAGCAGUGUCUAUAAUAUUAGUCUUUUGAGUAAAGGAAAGCAUUUUUAGGAAGUUUCUUUGUUUUCCACCUUCAUAUUUACUUCCUGGCCCCAUGUACCACUGGCCACUUCACUGCUUGGUAUCUGGUGUGUCUGCUGGACAUGAGCCUGUGGGACGGUGCUGAGAAUACCUGCUAAGUGUUUAUCAGUAUUUCAUUUUGGGCUUGUGGCUUUGCUCAUAGGGAAGAUGGAACAGUAUAGAGUAUUCCUUGUAAGAUAGCUUUGCAUGCCUCUGUUCAAAUUCAAACAUUGUAUGUUUAUGAAAAACUGCAACCCAAGCAUACAGAAGGGAAAGUCGUGUUAGUUGUAGUUGGGAAAUUCCCACUAUUAAGCUUGAUUUGUCCUAGGAGUCCCAUCUGCAUUUGAAUGGGGUUUAUGUUUUUUAAUUUUUGUGUUUUUUUU